AGACCACCCACAGCGAUGGCGAUAACGACCUACAAGUCCAUUCAAGUGGUGAUGUUGCCUAUUCUAUGCUCACCAAGGACGAUAUCGACCAGCACAGAGUAGAUCAAGGCAUUGUUACUGGCUCACCUACUUCAUCGAAUGACUUCAUCACCGUCCUAGCAGAGGACCAUAAGCAGAGCAAGGAAGGGCCAGUAUCUGAGGAAGCACCCGAGCACAACAAGCUGGACUUAGUCUAUAGAAUUAAGGGCCUUUAUCGAAUCCUGGACCUUAUUUCUGAUCGAGGAAGUGGUGGUUUGGUUGACAAAGUUAUAAUCGAUCAGAUUUCUGUCGGGCGGUUCAUCAAUGAAAUUAGCCCGGGAGCGUACAAAGACCUGACAAAAGUCGACUUUAAAGCCAUGGACGAUCUCGACGUCAUGCCUCUUGGUCUUUACGGUAGCAAGGACGAAAUCAUUAGCUUUUUACGUGAACAUGACGCGAUAGACGAUAACGUUGCAAACCUUCUUGCUUUGCGUCAGACUGACAACACGUCGGCAUUUUCACCGGUUUUACGUGCUGGCCUGUACGCGCUUGUGUUACCGAAAACCUCAGCGAAUGAGUGCCGUGUCUUCAUCAUCUUCUGGCCAGAAGACACUACAUGGGAUGACAAUGCAAUUUCCACGGUCCAGCGUAAUAGGACAACGUUCAUGAGGUACCUGACGAAAAUCACGGAUCAGAUAGUGGCGUUGAUCUCUCAGGAGCACGGACGCACUCUGGUCUGGGAUGAUUCGAGCAAGGCGCAUGACAAGACGUCUACGAACGACUUUACCGAGUUUGACGAUACAGACAGGUUAUUUACCUUUGAGGUCGCUACAGCUAAUGAGCAAGAAGAGAAUGUGACCUUUUCCGAAGGAAUCAAGAUAAAGAAUGAGCUCAUUCGUGAAUCUUCGAUUCCAGAGUCGAUGUUAGGAACUACUGGUCCAGAGGUCCCGCUUAAUACGUGCCUGAUUUCCGGUGAUACGAGCCUGGCACUCUUAACCGUGAAAUUCAUUCCUAGCCAAGAGACACAAAAAAGGUUUUGCGAGAACCUGGGGAACGAGAUGCAAUUUCAGGCCUAUCUAUUUAACGAGAACGUGCACCUAUGCUUCAAUGAGCAUAUUUCACACGGUGCCAUCUCCUUCCUACUUAAGAAUGGUCUUUCAAGGAGAUACCCUACAGCUGUUGCUGCUUUCGUAAACCGCGAGAAAGAGGAUGAAGGGCAAAUUGCUCGUGACCGCAGAUCAAGGAUAGAUAUGAUUGAGAAAGACAUAAAGCCAUCUGAAGCCAGGCUGAGGGACGCUCUCGAAACAUAUCUUGUCAAAAAGGUUCUGACUGCAUAUCCGGAUCUGGACGAAUCUGUUAUUCGGGGCCGGACGACGGGUGACCUACCACCACAGGACAAGCAAGAUGAAGAUAUUGCUUCUAUUGCAAAUUUGUCAGCGCUUUACCCGACAUUCAAGGAGAAACUCCGCAAGAUGGUUCCUGAUGAUUUUGCAAGAAUGGAGGGCAGCAUGCUUCCGAAGGCAAUGAGGAAGGUCCUCAUAUGUAACCAUCUUUUUUCAAAUGUCUGGCUUUCUGAGAAUGACCGGAAAGGUGUCUGGGAAUUCGUGAACUCCAGAGUGGAGAGUGGUGACAUUAGCGCGGCAGAAGAAUUUCUGAACGGUCACAACACAGGCUCGUUCGCAAGCAUUGUUCGCGGUCUGCACAAGUUUCGCCGGAGUUUGUUCUCUGGAAAGGGUACUUCAUUCCAGCAAAAUGAUCUUGUCCAGGAGGCAUUGAAAGCUGUUCGCCAUAUCAAAGCAGUCGAUUUCUUCCCAAUGGCGCAUAAAAUUCGAGAAGAUUGGCCCAUACUCGGUCCCGGCAUUCAGAAUGCUUUCGAUAUUGCCCAGAAAGAUCUGUCCCAGAACAUUGCAGAAGUCCUUCGGUCCGCUCCACACAAGCUCAUUCAUGAGCAGAUCGAGUGUUGUAAGAAGGAGUUGGAGCGAGAGCUUACUGCAGACCGUGACGGAAGGCAGAAACAGUCUCGCUCAGAGCUUCUCUUUGACAUAGCCAAGUCUUGUACUACUAAACCCGAUCGGAGACAGACUAUUAUUGUUGAUAAUAUAGAGAGAGUUCCGUCUUAUGACUAUCCAUACCAGGAUACGCAUCGUGCAACCGGCAUUUUAGUUGACCGUUCGGAGCCUAGAGUGGGAUACACAGUCCACCCUCUUGAAUUAACAGAGGAGGACAAGCAUCGUAUGAAACUCGAUCAGACAUUUACUCCUAGGCCUAGGAUAUCAGCGCGAGGAGCCUUCGGCUUUGAGUUACAAUUAGGUGAAUCAGUCAGACUCUUCCGACUCCUCCCAAAUGAAAGGUGUCUUGUCAUAAUUGAGGAUCGAAGUCAUGACUUCUAUGUUUAUCUCGAAACUCCAAGCACGCUGUCCGCUGCUGUCAAGAACAAACGCUCCAAAAAACAUAUCAAUCGAGAGAAGACUGGUCAGGAUAUCGCCAUGACAUACGACGAGGGAAAGCGGUCAUUGGCGAUUUGUGGAACAGAUUCUCAGAAGUGCUUUGUUCAACUCCACUUCUUUGUCUUUGACGAGAGAUACCAAUCUCUACAAGUACAGGGAAGUGCAACGAACUUGACGGCAUGGUAUACAUCCGGAUUGCCAAAAAUUGUUUGCAUUCACAUCAUUAGUGGAAAUGACGAGCUUGCGUUACUUGAGGAUAGUGGGAAAGUGCGAGUGUUCUCCACGCUGACGCAACAGUUCCGACCUGCCGUUUUGCAACUGCCUUGGUUGCCGUCAAGAACGUUUACAACUCCAGAUGGCUCGUGUUUUGGCGCUAUCCGAUUACAAGAUGAUACAGCAACCAUUCGGAUGUAUCAUUGGGCAUCUCUCGGCUCUCACGAAGGCUUUGCAUUCGACUUUCCUGGCGUCUUUACUGCUCCUCCAGUAGUAUCUGCCUUUGACGAGCUAAAGAAUAUCCAUCUCUUUUUCCUCAGCGUCGGUGAUAACAGCUGUCGCUCUCUCUGUAUUUCGAUCACUCGACCAGCGACAGAAUUCCAUUUUCGGGAGAAAGAAGACAGAAGCACCACCUACUCGGAGACUAAGAAAACGUUACACAAUUCACUCGUCGACUGUCACUCCGAUGUCUGGACACGAUUCCCAGUUGUCCCUGCAAUACAGCGAAAAGUCAUCACAGCUGGAGAGCUUCGCAAAAGCAGAUCCAUCCGUUUCGUUACCUCGUUUACGAGUCGAUUUCCAUUUAGGGAUUAUUUCAGCGACUUGAUCCGUAGGUUCGAGAGGAACACGAAAAAACCGACAGGAUCAGCCCUUACUAACAUUACUAUCCUGGAAUGUGAAUUCGCAAACGAAUGCACCUUUUCUGACUGUUCUGUUUACAAAGCUGGGCAAUGGCUUGUUGACAUCUUUUGUCUAAUUCCAAUCCAUAUAGCAGUUGCUCGAGACAACCGAUUUAUUCCGUUGAAGGACGGCGUCUGGGCUCCUGAGGUCGAAAAGUCUUUGCUAGGAGCUGAAGUUGGUCGUGUUGCCGACAGCUUAUCCUUUGGAUGGUACGAAAGUAUCUUCCAAUCAUAUAUGGCAACAAAGAAUGUUAAAGUUGUUUCUUCUAUGGGAGAGCAAUCGGUUGGAAAGAGUUUUGCUUUGAACCAUCUUGCUGACACGUCCUUUGCUGGAUCAGCGAUGAGGACGACCGAGGGUGUUUGGAUGUCGGUUACUCCGACAGAGCACGACUUGAUAGUUGUGCUUGACUUUGAAGGCGUGCACAGCAUUGAGAGAUCAGCUCAGGAAGAUACGCUUCUUGUCCUCUUCAAUGCAGCGAUCUCAAAUUUGGUUUUGUUCCGAAACAACUUUGCACUUUCGCGGGAUAUUACCAAUCUCUUCCAGAGUUUCCAGUCAUCGUCUUCUAUUCUUGAUCCAGACGCAAAUCCCUCGCUCUUUCAGUCCACACUCGUCAUAAUCAUCAAGGAUGUCGUGGACUCAGACCGAAUGGAAAUUGCUAGGGAAUUCAAGUUGAAACUGCAUAAAAUUGUCCAGGAAGAGCAGGCGUCCAACUUCAUCUCUCGUCUGUACCGUGGCCGUCUUAACAUCAUCCCGUGGCCAGUCAUCGAAUCACAACAAUUCUAUACUCUCUUCUCAACGUUGAAGAAGCAUCUAGACAGCCAAUUGCCGACACAUGAGGGUGGUGGUGCUUUCCUCCAGAAAUUGAAGAUGCUCAUGGCAAAGCUGAAAACAAAUGAUUGGGGAUCCCUUUCACAAAACAUGGCAACUCACCGAGCGCAACAUCUUCUGUCAAUUCUACCACGCGCCCUUUCAUAUGGAGCAGCUGAACUUGAACCAGAAUUUGAACCUUUGAAGAAUUUUGAUACUAACGACGAAGUCCAAGUCGAAGACUCUAGUGCUGCGUUUUGCUUUGGCGAUUCGGACGAGCAGCGGUCUAAGAAGCAAGAUGCCGUGCAGAGGCUCAUCCAAUCAUGGCCGGAUUUCGAAAUGCGACAGUGUGUACAGGAUGAAAAAUGGACCACUCAACUUUCUUCGUAUUUGCAAGAACUUCUUGACCAACGAACGGCACACGUGCAAGCGUGGAUUGACUCAAACCUUGAUGGUUUUGGUACAAACAAUGCUGCAAUCGAAGAACUUAGGAGAUCACUCGAUAGCAAAGUCAUAGAACUGAAGAGGAGCAUUCAGUUAUGCAAAACGAGAUGCGAGCGAUGUUAUCUCCUAUGCCUCGGUGUCCAAUUCCACGAAGGAAAUCACGACUGCACCACCGAUCAUUUGUGCUCUCAUAGGUGUCAAUUUGUCAACGAGCAUGACGAUGAACCGGAUGCUUGUUCAUUAUCAGCAGGGCAUGAAGGCCAACACAGAUGCGACCCAACUGUGCAUCUUUGUGGACAUCCCUGCAAUCUCCGUGACAAGAAGGGCUGCCAAGGCAACUGCACGAAGGUAGCAACUCAUGGUGAAGACGAUCAUCUCUGCUCUGCACGGCGCCAUCUUUGCGGAGAGCUGUGUAAAUUGCAGAAUGUAAGAGGGCUUGGUGGCAAACUGUACACAUGUCAGGGAACUUGCUCUUUCCUUUGGGACGAGGAACACGAAAUCCAUGUCUGCGAUGCAGCAUCGUGCCCUAUCGCAUGUCAGUUGUGCGGACGGCUGUGCUCAUCUGUCGAUCAUUUACACGGUUUACGAGUCAACGCUAUUCACCUCUGCGGGCAGGAGCAUAAGUGCAUUGAGCUCUGUGAAAGCAAGGGCGUGUGCGAGAUCGAUACGGUACCGCAGUCAAUUGAGGCAACUUUCAGUGGGGCUCACGAUCGUUUCCAAUACACGAAGUAUUCGCAAGCAACAAAGCGGCUGCCGUGUGCUAUUAUCAUCCCGCCUGACUUUCUUCACCACGAUGGACCGCAUGUUCACUCCACAUCACCAAAUCCUUUCCACUACUGUGAUGCUAGAUGUGAUAACUGUAGUUACGUUUGCACUUUGCCAAGCGGACAUCCACAACCAGAACACUCAACGAACCAUGGGUCUAUGGCGCAAACGCGUUGGGUGGUGGACGGGCCAGAUGGAAAUGCUCUCGAAAUUGAUGGCCAUAAAUUCGGAACAAACGAUGAUGGGGCACCGAUGCUGUGCAAUCUUGUGUGUAGUUCGAUGGGCCGUCACACUCACAUCGACUACUGCCGUGCAGCAGACCCUGGUACUUGCAACGCACCCGAAUUGGACCACAUCAAAAUGCGAAUUGAACCUAAUCCUGAAACGUCAAAGGAUUGGGUAUCACAUAAAUUAUACUGGCGAAGGCUGGGCUUUAAGGAUCCGUAUUCUAGGGAAGAACAGGCAAACUUUGCAAAGUGCGAUGCAAUGUGCUCCGGAAUCGAGCAUCAUGCUACAGCUAGUACUGCAGCCCAACCGUCCUACUGCACUUUACCGAUCUUCCACAAUCCUGCCGUUCCCAGUCAAGCUCAAGCAAAUGGCAAUGUCUCGAACGAUGGGCAUGCCUUUUCGUGCAAGAACCCUGCUGUCUCAUCUCAAGCAUUUCAUGUCAUAUUCGUUAUUCACAGAUCCGGUUCCAUGACUUCUACAGACAGACGCCCUUUACCGGAUUAUCCAGCAUCUCAACGAAUAACAAGGGUUGCUAAUAAUAGGCUGGGAGCAGUGUACUGUGCUUUGCACUCUUUCUGGUCGGCUCGUGCUGCGGCUAUGAACCAAGCAUCUACACAGGCCAGGCGCGACGCGUAUAGUGCCAUACUUUUUACUGGUUCAGCUUCUGAGGUUUUCAGCAAUGACUUUACAAGUUCGCCUGAUGCCCUGCUCGAGAAGCUUCUGCAGUAUACUGCAGGUGGAGGAACCAACUUUGGUGUCGCUCUUUCUCUUACAGAAAAUAUUUUGGCACAACACUGGAGUACUGAGAGGACACCUAUUGUUAUUUUCUUGUCCGAUGGCGAGUGUUCUGUUAGAGAUGAUGUUGUAUAUAGUCUCUGCAGGAGGGCUGUCAGUUUGGGACGAGCAGUAUCAUUCCAAGCAGUAUCCUUCGGACCGGAUGGUUCCUCCACUUUCCUUCGGCGCAUGGCUCAGAUUGCAAAGGAAGUGGAGGAUCGUGCACCGCGCGACCCUUUGUUGCCGGCAAAUGCAGUAGUAGGAUCAGCAUACAACAUUGCCUUGGAUUCAGUGAGACUUGCAGAAACUUUCUUGGGCAUAGCCGAAUCGCUCCGGAAAACUCGUGGUGGCCUUAUUCGCUAAGACAAUAUGCUCCAAUCACAUGACAUCAUUCUUCCACGAAUUGACUGCUACAGUACAUAGAAUGGUUCCCCAUGUUUGACUUGUUCCAGUUUCAAUCAAUUGUAUCCGGCAUCAUGUGCUUGAUCUCUAAUCUCCAUCAUGGAUUGUCAAGAAAUCUUUGCGCACAUCUAGUGACUGUGUUUGAUACUUUUUGUGUAUGGGGACUAUAGCGCACAUGACUGUGUUCGUGUGCACAUACAGUCAAGUUAUAAGCAGUGUACAAUAAGAGCGAACAUCCUUCGAAUGCGUUGAGUGGUCGAAUUGUUGUAUCCGGAGCGUGUUGUCAAUGUACUCAGACAUGUCCUAUGUGAGCAAAUUUGUCAGAAACGGGCCAGAACUAUCUAAGGAUUUCCCAAUCACGUCCUUCUCAUCACUCUCUGGGUAUGUUGUGAUUUGCAACGCGUUAUCAUGGAUAGUGGUCCAAAUUAGUGAUAACGCGGAUAUAUAUUAUCUAGGACUUGGCACCGCACUGUAGACGACUGCUAUCCGUUAUUACCUUUGAGUAUGAGCCUUCGCAUUCAUAACCUGUGAAUCUGCUAACAAUGGCGUGCCAUCACCUCAUGCAAGCGUGGUGGAACCCUUUCUCGUAAGUUGAAGGUGCGUACACCAUCGAUAAUCCGUGUCUUGGAAAUACCAGUAGAGCGUGUCGAGCUGGAGAAUUAGGACGCAACCUUACGGGUCCAUGUCCUUUCCAUUGCAACACUGAGAAUAAACUGUGGAUAAAAGACCACAGAGACUCCCAAAUUUGCGUGAAGGCCAAGCCGACGUUUAGGUCCUUCCCUGGCGUGACAACUAAAACGAUCCCAGAAGAGUAACAGGCAUGCGUGCCCUUUGUAGUUGGCGACGUAUAAUCAUAAUCCGACCGCAAAUGAGUAUAGUAGCCAUGAUGUUGAGAGCUACAGACAGUGCAACCUCAGGAACGCCAAAAUUUACUGUAUUUUCACGGAAGAAAUCUGCCCCGGUAGUGCACUCUCGACGAGUGCGUACAAGCCGAGUACUACGCGAGAAUUGAGCGAACAAAUAUAUACUGUGAGGAAAGGAAAAUUGUGACGAUAACAUUCUCCGGCAAGACAAACUUCAACAUCGCCGGUCUUCAUGGGUUCUCCCGUCGUGUUCAAUCUGCACCAUAUGCAUGUUUGCGCCACUGCUAUCAUGGUUCCCAUCUUCCAUGCUGUCGUUCGCAGCCACCAAGUUGGGGUAGCUGACUGUUGAAAAUCGCCCACUGCUCACUAUCUAGCAGUGUGCUAGCACAACAGCUGCUCGGAGCAGUCCAGGUCCGCU